UGUUUCACCGUAGGAGACGUCGCUGUUGCUGCGGGGGAUGUGUCUGCUCACACUCCGUUUGACUCUGUCGCCCAAUUCUCAUUACAGUGUUCUGUCAGUUGUGGUGUUGGAACCCAGCGGAGACAGCAGGUAUGCCAAAGGCUGACGGCCAGAGGCCGGCGUGUCCCCCUCAGUGAGACUGUGUGCAGGCAUCUUCCUGGGCCCCCUCUUGCGAGAUCUUGCCGAAUGCCUGUGUGCAGGAAAAUGCAACCAGAGGUGAAGACCAACCUUGGCAAGCAGGGUCCUCAGAUCCUUGGUGUCCAGAGAGUCUACAUUCAGACAAGGGAAGAGAAGCGCCUUAACCUGACCUUCGGGAGCAGAGCCUAUUUGCUGCCCAACACAUCUGUGAUUAUUAAAUGCCCAGUGCGACGAUUCCAGAAAUCUCUGAUCCAGUGGGAGAAGGAUGGCCAUUGUCUGCAGAAAUCCAAACGACUCGGCAUCACCAAGUCAGGCUCACUAAAAAUCCACAGCCUUGGCCUUGCAGCCUCCGACAUCGGCAUGUACCGGUGCAUUGCAGGCUCUGCCCAAGAGACAGUGGUGCUCAAGCUCAUUGGCACUGACAACCAACUCAUUGCACCCCCAGCCCUCGGAGGGCACACAGGGGAAUAUCCUGGGAUGGACCAUAACGAAGCCAAUAAUUUGGGAGCCACAUGGCAUAAGAUGAGGCAUAAGUGGAGUAAUAAAAAUGAGCUUUAUUUGGACGAUGGCCAAAUUCAUCACCAGCCUCUCUUAAGAGCUCUGUUGGGCCACUGCAGCCAUUCUGCAGGAAACGCCAACUCCUGGGAGUUUGAGAAAAAGCAGUUUGAAUCUGCAGUGAAACAGGGAGCCUACAGCACGGAUACCGCCCAGUUUGAUGAACUGAUAAGGAACAUGAGUCAGCUCAUGGAGACCGGAGAGGUCAGUGAUGACCUUGCGUCCCAGGUGAUAUAUCAGCUGGUGGCCGAGUUAGCGAAGGCGCAGUCUGCACACAUGCAAUGGAGGGGCAUCCUGGGAGAGGCGCCUCCCGCGGCUCACCCGGGAAGUGUGCCCCAAAGCUCAAAUUCGAAAAACUCAGGCAAGCUGACGUUCAAGCCAAAGGGACCUGUUCUCUUGAGGCAAAGCCAGCCCACCUCGAUUUCUCUUAAUAAAACAGUAAAUUCAAGGAUUGGAAAUACAGUCUACAUUACAAGAAGGACGGAGGUCAUCAAUAUACUGUGUGAGCUUGUUACCCCCGGUGAGGCCACAUAUACGUGGACCAAGGAUGGAGCAUUGUUACGACCCUCUGAAAAAGUCAUUGUGGAUGGAAUGGGGAAAAUGCAGAUACAGAAACCUACAAAGAAAGAACAAGGAAUAUACGGAUGUUCUGUCGCUAAUCAUCUGGGUUCGGAUGUGGAAAGUUCUUCUGUGCUGUAUGCAGGUAAUGCCCAUUGUUGAAACCUGGAAUGCCUGGGUUUUGUUUUGUUUUGAACAUUAAACUCUGGAGCAGCAGUUUUCACACUUCAUGCAGCAGAAUCACCACGGGGUGGGGUUAAAACACAAAUCUCUAGACCCCAUUCCCAGAGGUUCCGACACAGCAGGCUUGGGUUGGAGUCUGAGAAUGUGCAUAGUUGACAUGUCCCCAGGUUAUGCCAGUGCUGCUGGCCUGAGGAGCACACUGGAAAACAGCUGCUCUGGAGUUUGCUUUCUAAGAAUUGGGAAUUAAUGAGACAGGGUUUAGUCGGCAGUGUUGAUAGUAUGGACUUUUCAUUUUUAAAGCGCCACCAGCCGGCGAAAGAGAGUAAUUAU